AUGUCGUCGUCGGGGGCCGGCGAGGAGGGCGCCGCCGCGCCGCAGGGGCCGCUGCCCGUGGAGCACCGUAAGGGCGCCAACGGGCUCGACAAGGUCGUCCUCCGCGAGGCCCGGCGCAUCACCGCCGAGUUUACCGUAUCGUUAUAUAUGAUUCUCCAAACCUGCAAUCCUGUACCCAUAGAAGUGAUGGGUCAGGUGUACCUGUAUGGUGGCCAUGUAACAUCAUGGAAAGAUGAGCAUGGGGAGGAGCUGCUUUUCGUUAGUAAUAAGGCUAUUUUCAAACCUCCAAAAGCUAUACGUGGAGGUAUACCAAUCUGCUUUCCUCAGUUUUCCAACUUCGGACAGCUGGAAGCUCAUGGAUUUGCAAGGAACAAGAUCUGGAGUGUUGACACUGAUCCACCACCAUUUCCAGUACCAAUCUCUAGUAGAGCUUACAUCGAUUUAAUCCUUAAACCUACUGAUGAAGACUUAAAGAUCUGGCCACAUAGUUUUGAGUACCGUCUGAGGGUUGCACUUGGACCUGGUGGAGAUCUGAUGCUGACUUCACGUAUAAGGAAUACCAAUGCAGAUGGAAAGCCAUUCUCUUUUACCUUUGCAUAUCACACAUACUUCUCAAUUUCUGAUAUAAGUGAGAUACGAGUAGAAGGCCUGGAAACUCUGGAUUACCUAGACAACUUACAAGAUAGGGCCCGCUUCACUGAACAAGGCGAUGCUAUUGUUUUUGAAUCUGAGUUGGACAGAAUAUAUCUGGGCACGCCGUCAAAAAUUGCCAUUAUUGAUCAUGAGAAAAAAAGAACAUUUGUUGUGAGGAAAGGAGGACUUCCGGAUGCUGUUGUUUGGAACCCAUGGGACAAAAAAGCUAAGGCAAUGGCAGAUUUUGGGGAUGACGAAUAUAAACGCAUGGUAUGUGUGGAAGCAGCUGCUAUAGAAAAGGCGAUUACUCUGAAGCCUGGCGAGGAGUGGACUGGAAAGUUGGAACUAUCUGCAGUUCCGUCUAGUUAUUACAGCGGUCAAUUGGACCCAGAUCGUGUUAUUCAGGAUUCAGUUGUUCCGGAGGAUUCAGUCAGCUAG